UAUCGUUCUUGGCUGUGUUUACUUUUCACCUUCCAGCCAUUGCACAUAGACGGAUGUAAUGCUUAUCAUAUAAAGUGCUUAUCAUGAACAACUACCUUUGUGACAAACCUCUUUAUGUAUAUCCGUGAUGGUUGACAUUUAAAAUUGUUUAAGGAACUCUUUUUACGUGCUCUAACAACGUUCGUUACAUUUAAGAUGGAGGAAAUAUGGAAACAGACAUUGAUGUUCGUAUUAUUAUUAAUAGGAGAAGGUGCGUGUUUGUCAUCAAAACUUGACGCCCUACAAAAACAGUAUGGAGAGUGGAGACUUCAGCGUUCUCCGGAAUAUUCAACUUCUCUGGGCAUAUACAAGUAUAAUGACAAAGUGGAAAAGUUUGCAUACUCAGGAUUUGAUGAAGAAUAUACCAAAUGCCUAAAUCUACUAAAGGAUUUGAAAAAUAUUGACUACAACCAACUUACAUCGAAAGAGAAGACUGAUUAUGACAUUUUUAACGAUACAUUGACGACUAUCGUUCGCGGACAUGAUUGGCGAGACUACAAUGCCUUGAACCCAAUCAAUUUUUUGGAGGGACCACAAAUUGACCCAUCAGAACUUCAUAAAACAACACCAUUUGACACCAUUGGUGAUUUUGAAAACUACUUAAGACGACUGGAAUUAUUUCCAAAGCAGAUAGACGAAAUGAUAGAAAGAUUCAAUAAGUCCAUAGAAAAAGGACACACAUAUCAUAACGUAUCGGUGAACAGGGUUCCAGAACAGAUAGAUGACAUCCUUAAAGAUGCCAAUGAUACAAACUUUUCAAUGUACGAACCAUUUCGCAAGAAACUGACGGACAAGAAAACCAUUCCUGAUACGAGAAAAACAGAUAUCAGAUCAAGGGCCAAAUCAGCCGUUAAUAACAUUCUUCAGAAGUACAGUGACCUUAAAUCUUAUCUAGAGAAUGUGUACUUUAGUCAUCUAAGACCGGGAUUUGGAGUAAGUACUUGGGGUAAAGGAGUGGAAUUCUACAAGGAAUGUCUACGAUGGCACCUCUCUUUGGAUUUGUCUCCAGAAGAAGUACACAAUAAAGGACUACACGAAGUUGAGAGAAUUUCGUCAGAAAUGAAGAAGGUCAUGCUUAAAUUGAAUCACCGCGGCUCUGUAAAGCAGUUUUUUGAUGACAUCAAGAGGAAUUCAUCGUUCUUUUUAAAGUCUGGCGAUGAGAUUAUUCAAUGGUAUAAAAAUGCGAUUGAAAAGGAUAUUAAACCCAAAUUACCAUCUCUGUUUAAAAACAAUCCAGAUUUGCCUGUAGAUGUACAGCCUAACCCAAUAGAUGGAAUUGGAGGUCAGUAUUUAGCAGGACCCCCCGACGGUUCACGACCCGGAGUGUUCCAAGUCAAUGUUUUCCAUCCCAAUAAAUCAGUAACAAUAGAUUUCAUGGCCCUCUUGCUUCAUGAAACAAUACCAGGUCAUCAUUUGCAGGGUAGUAUCCAGUCAACUCAGGCAGGUCCAGCAUACCGCAGACAGAACCUUGACGAUAAAUAUUUUCAACCCCCAGCACUCCCUCCUUUUUAUACUGCUUACUUAGAGGGAUGGGCACUGUAUGCUGAAUCUUUGGGAGAAGAGAUGAAGUUGUACAAGACUGAUUAUGAUCUAAUGGGAAGAUACGGAUCUGAAAUUUUUAGAGCGUGUCGUCUUGUUGUCGAUACAGGAUUACAUUACUUUAAUUGGACAAGAGAAGAAGCCAUACAAUAUAUGCUGAAUUACACAGCUUACAGUGAAGGUUCUAUUACGACUGAAAUCGACAGGUACAUUACCUGGCCGGGUCAAGCAUGUGCAUACAAGAUAGGUGAACUCAAAAUAAGAGAAUUGCGCACAAAAUCGGAAAACGAACUAGGUUCCAAGUUUGAUAUCAAGGACUUCCAUUACGUUGUUUUGAAAGAUGGGGCUCUUCCACUUAACGUUCUGGAAAAAAAUGUAAAUCAAUGGAUUACAGACACAAAAAAUAAACCUGCAGAAACACAAAAACAGUGUAUUUCGGGUAGUUUUAGACAUGAAACAAGUUUUAAAGUUUUAAUAGCAACUUUCAUUAUCUCUUUUCUUUUGAAUUAGUUCUCUGUCCUGUAUGUUUAAACCUUUGAUCUGUAUUAUUAAUUACAUUUACUAGUAUCAUAUAUUAUUAUUCAUUAAAUAUAACCUUACCAGUUGAAGUGACAUUUA